UAGGGCGCAGUGUGUGUGUGCGAACACAGCCCGCCUCGCGCUCUCUCUCUGCUGUAGUGUGUGUGCGUUACUGUCUCUCUUCCGACGCUCAUUCUGUGAGAAUUUGAAACACACAGGAAACUUGUCUAAAACACACACACGAUCAACAUUUAAACGUGAACUUUGGCACACGAGCCCUCGAUUAUCGUCCCACGUCGAUGUUUAAAAGGAAUACAACGAUCUCGAACCGCUGAGGGCAAAUCUAACUGGAGAAGAUGGGUGUAAAGUCGCAGUUUGCACACUGAAGUUGGGGGAUAUUUUCCUAGUGGAAGUGAAAGAGAAGCGGGAACUUGAAUCUUGGCGGGGGCGCUCCUCCUCUGAGCCGAGUGAAGAUGAGCAUUACCAGUGAUGAAGUCAACUUUCUGGUGUACAGAUAUCUGCAGGAAUCAGGUUUCUCUCACUCGGCGUUCACGUUCGGCAUCGAGUCUCACAUCAGCCAGUCGAACAUCAACGGGGCGCUGGUUCCCCCGGCCGCCUUGAUCUCAGUCCUGCAGAAGGGCCUUCAGUACGUGGAGGCCGAGAUCAGCAUCAACGAGGAUGGCACUGUGUUCGACGGCCGGCCGAUCGAGUGUCUGUCGCUCAUCGACGCCGUGAUGCCAGACGUGGUUCACACCAGGAAACAGGCCAUCAGAGACAAACAACAGCAAACCAUGGACUCCAGCAACUGUGUUCAGUCGCACGCCAUGAAGAACGGAGAGACCGCCCUCAACGGGGAGGAGAACGGCACACACAACCUCAAUCACCAUGCGGAGGCCAUGGAUGUUCAAGACGAGGUCCAGAUUCCUGCCAGUAAAGCCACGGUUCUGCGGGGUCACGAGUCCGAGGUGUUCAUCUGUGCCUGGAACCCCGUCACUGACCUCUUGGCCUCAGGCUCUGGCGACUCGACGGCGCGCAUAUGGAGCCUGAAUGAGAACAGCGGCUCGGCUCAGCUGGUCCUACGACACUGCAUCCGAGAAGGAGGACAAGACGUUCCCAGCAACAAGGACGUCACCUCGCUAGACUGGAACAGCGAAGGCACUCUCUUGGCGACUGGAUCUUAUGACGGAUUUGCAAGAAUUUGGACAAAAGACGGUAAUCUGAGCAGCACACUUGGCCAACACAAAGGACCCAUAUUUGCACUGAAGUGGAACAAGAAAGGCAACAGCAUUCUGAGCGCUGGAGUCGACAAGACGACAAUCAUUUGGGACGCACACACAGGCGAAGCCAAACAGCAGUUCCCCUUUCAUUCUGCGCCGGCGCUGGACGUGGACUGGCAGAAUAACACCACGUUCGCCUCGUGCAGUACGGACAUGUGCAUACACGUGUGUCGACUCGGGAGCGAGCGUCCACUCAAGACCUUUCAAGGACACACGAACGAAGUGAACGCCAUUAAAUGGGAUCCGUCGGGAAUGUUGCUGGCUUCGUGUUCGGAUGACAUGACGCUAAAGAUCUGGAGCAUGAAGCAUGAUUCAUGUGUUCACAACCUUCAAGCGCACAGUAAAGAGAUCUACACCAUCAAAUGGAGCCCCGCGAGCAGCAGUCCCAACGCUAGCCUCCUGCUAGCCAGUGCCUCUUUCGACUCGACGGUGCGGUUAUGGGAUGUGGAUCGAGGCGAAUGCAUCCACACACUCACCAAACACCAGGAGCCGGUGUACAGCGUGGCCUUCAGUCCCGACGGAAAGUUCCUGGCCAGCGGAUCCUUCGACAAAUGCGUUCACAUCUGGGACACGCUGAGCGGUGCGCUGGUGAACAGCUACAGGGGAACCGGAGGAAUAUUCGAGGUUUGCUGGAACAGUCUGGGAGAUAAAGUCGGAGCGAGCGGGUCCGAUGGAUCGGUCUGUGUUCUUGAUUUACGGAAAUAGCGUUUGCUGGAUCCCGGAAGCAGGAUUGUGCAGGUAAAGCCUUCAGCGCGUCUGAACUCGUUUCUUCCGUGGAGCCGGUCGAUUGAGAUCCGGGAACAGAAUCUGAUUGUUGAAAACCAAAUUGGAGGGAAACGUCCACUAGAGACGGUCAGCGAACAGCUGGUGCUGUCGAUCGACGUGGAAGAGCUGGAGACGUGUCUUGUGAGAGGUUUCAUCGCAUGUUUUUGUCACGCAUCAGUAUCGCUGAGCGCCGCUGAUGUUCGAUGGGCUUUUUUACUGCGGAAAACAGAUUUUUAACAACCUUUAAUUCAAGACGAGGCUUCACGUGUAAAAGAAUCUGAUUGUUUUCCAACUUUAACUUGUAAUACCGAGGUGAAUGAAGACGCCAAGUACUUGGGAAAAUAUUAUAUGAAUAUGUUUGAUUCUCAGAUAUUAAAUAUACAGGUGUAUAAUUUCCCCGCUGGAUGUACAUUUAAUGAUUGUAAAGAUGUAAAUGAGACCACAGAUUUUAUAAACUGUGUUUAUAUGUUUAUAAAGUAAUCAAUCUUUCAUACUUUAAGUUUUUUUUCUGAUUUUGUUGACGUCAUGCCUGCUGGAUCGGCAGCAAACGCGUUAUCAUAUGAUUGUGAUGCAUGUUAUCAGGAUACGUGCCUCAAAAUCGUUAUCGUAAGGUGGUGAAGUGCAUUCUGGGACGUGUUUUUGUGUUAGUGCAGGUCUUCAUGCUUGUAUGCAUCAACGUUGUGUCCGAAUCGGGUGCGAUGUGAUAAAACAAGUAAUAAAAAAAAUUGUCUUUUUUUAUUGUUGAUUGGUUUCUUUUCUGUGGUGUUGUGCUGGGAAGCUCCGCCCACCGUGAAAUAUCAUUGGUUCAAAAUCCUAGUUUACAUGAAACAAAGGUGUUUUGAUUGAUUUUGAAUGAGUCGAUGUACGAUCUAUACUAAGGAAUUACAAAUAGACGAUAGGAUUAACAGAACAUAAUAAAAAUAAAGAAAUAAAGUCAAAAAAUUAAAGUUGAGUGAAUAAAAACCUUUCCUUCUAAACCUGAACAUGUAAAGUGUCAAUCACAAAUGUUUUUACCAAUGAGGUUUCACCGUGGGCGGGGCUACUCGCAUCACUGCAGAAAUACAAACCAACCAAAACCAACCGUCAAAAUUCAAACUCGGAUUCACACCGACAUGGAUGAGAAGGUAAAAGACGCUUUUUCUUAUGACAUGAGCGGCAAAAAUGUCAACCGUUUAUCUAAAUAAACCCUAGACGAUCAAUUUAUCUCGCAUGUCGUCUGAUUUGGACACAUGAUGCAGCAGAAACAUGAUUGUUUGUCAGGAUGAUCUCUGUGUGUUUGAGCGGUCACGCGCGUCAUUAUCCCCUCAGGGACUGGGGAUCGGUUACGCGAGUCCUGCUGUUAACUUUUAAAACUGUGAUUGGCGCCUUUUUUAACCGCCAUUGCGGGUUUAAUUUCGUAGCCUACUGCGUUUGACAAUGUAAGACGGACGUUUCUUUUUUAUUAUUUCAAUAAAAUCAAGUCUAGUUUGAGGAAUUUAUUUGAGAUGCAUCAAAAUCAUCGCGUUUCUGCAUGACGCGGGUUUCCUCGGUUCAGCGGAAGCGGAAGCCCUUAUUGUCUGUGUCAGACUGUAAUCUUGGUUCGUCGAGAUCAUGUUUUGACGUGUAUCUGCUAACUAUAAAGUUUAACUCUGUUUCGUGGACAAAACUGUAUCUCAAUGUCUCGCAUUCAGAGGCUCAAAUAAAUCACUCUAUUUUGAUAUUA